GCGAUUAGGAUUCCGUUUUCCUAAUCCCAUUACUAUUUCCAUGCUAAUCCUAUCAGACCAAAUUUGAACGGCAUCCGCCUCCCGUUUGAUUCCGAGCCUCGAGCAUUUUGAACAAUAUUUCCCUCCCCAAGCAGCAGCAGCAGCAGCAAGCUGAUCUCUGUACCCAUUCUCAGCGUAGCAAUCUAGCCGCUGUUCAGCAUUCAUCAUGACCCUCUCACUUCGUACAGGAGGUCUCAGAGCAGUCAGAGCUGCCAGCUCAGUGAGUACAUGACUCGUAUAUUCACCGUAGUCGGGAAUUUUUGGGGGACAAAAACGCUCAUUGAAUCAUUGUCGCAGAGACCUCUUCGAUCCACUCUCCCCUCUGUACGAUACCUUCAGACCGAUGCCGACAAGAGCGAGCCGAUAGGCGAACUUCCAAAGUCAAAGAGCGAGAAGUUCAAAGUCCGCCUGGACUCUGAAUCUUUCCACUCGUACCGUUGCGAUGUCCCUGCCGCCGAGUCUGAGACCUCCAAGGAAGAGAUGAUGGAGAUGUACAAGAACAUGACCACGAUGAGACGGAUGGAACAGGCUGCGGACGCACUGUAUAAACAAAAAUUGAUCCGUGGAUUCUGUCAUUUGGCCAUUGGACAAGAGGCCGUUUCGGUCGGUAUGGAGGCCGCCAUCACACCCGAUGACCGAGUCAUCACUGCCUAUCGAUGCCACACCUUUGCAGUCAUGAGAGGAGGUACUAUCAAAGGCGUCUUGGCGGAACUCAUGGGCCGUGUCGAUGGAAUGUCCUAUGGAAAGGGAGGAUCGAUGCACAUCUUUACCCCUUCUUUCUUUGGUGGUAACGGUAUUGUCGGAGCACAGGUCCCCGUCGGAGCCGGUGUCGCCCUCGCCCAAAAGUACCUGAAGAACAAGACGGUCACCUUUGCCCUGUACGGAGACGGAGCUUCCAACCAGGGUCAAGUCUUUGAAGCUUACAACAUGGCCAAAUUGUGGAACCUGCCGUGCGUGUUCGUCUGUGAGAACAAUAAAUACGGUAUGGGUACAUCGGCCGAACGAUCAUCGCAAAACACUGCUUUCUUUACCCGUGGAGACCAGAUCCCAGGUCUUCAAGUCAAUGGUAUGGACAUUCUGGCCGUCAAGCGAGCUUGCGAAUGGGCCAAAGAAUGGACCACCUCUGGCAAGGGCCCACUCGUCUUGGAAUUGGUCACUUACAGAUACGGUGGUCAUUCCAUGUCUGACCCCGGUACCACAUACCGAACCCGAGAGGAGAUUCAAGAAGUCCGAUCGUCUCGCGAUCCUAUUGCUGGACUGAAGCGGUACAUCAUGGACUGGGGAGUCGAGAGUGAAGCCAAGCUCAAGGCGAUCGACAAGGCUGCCAAGGAGGAAGUAGACAAGGCCGUCGAAGAAGCCAAGCAGAGCCCUUACCCUGACUUGAAGGAAUUCUGGACCGACAUCUACUACAAAGGCACCGAGCCGCCUUUCAUGCGUGGAAGAGAGAAGGAGGAAGUGCACCAUUAUUCCUCUUAAGGAUUCGAGAUAUAGAUCAUGCAUCAGGGU